AUGACGGAGCAAGUACAGGCUGAAGGACCACCCUACACCCUCAAUCGUCAAUCUAAGGAUGUUGACGGCAACGGCUUCCUCUACAGCGAGGAGCUCCGGGGUUUGGCCUCAGAGCUUGGCUUCGAAGGGAGCGACUCAGAGUGGUCGCAGGAGUACGUGAUGAUCUGCUCCGAGGUGGGCUGCAACCCGGCGCAGGGCAUGGACUUCCGCGGCUUCUCUCAGUUCGUGGACGACGAG